AUGCCCAGGGACCACCGGGGGUCUUCCUCCCCCAGUGGUUUCUCCAGCUCCUUCCUCACAGACUCCCUUGCAGGUCUUGAUGCAGAACUUUAUUAUGUGAGAAAUGACCUUAUUAGCCAUUACGCUCUAUCCUUUAACCUGUUAGUACCCAGUGAGACAAAUUUCCUGCAUUUCACUUGGCAUGCGAAGUCCAAGGUUGAAUAUAAGCUUGGAUUUCAAAUAGAUAAUUUUGUGGCUAUGGACAUGCCCCAGGUCAACAUUUCUGUUCAGGGGGAGGUUCCUCGGACUUUAUCAGUGUUCCGCGUCGAGCUCUCCUGCACCGGUAAAGUCGAUUCUGAGGUCAUGAUACUCAUGCAGCUCAACUUGACAGUAAACUCUUCAAAAAAUUUUACAGUCUUAAAUUUUAAACGAAGGAAAAUGUGCUACAAAAAAUUUGAAGAAGUGAAAACUUCAGCCUUGGACAAAAACACUAGCAGAACUUUUUAUGAUCCUGUGCACGCAGCUCCAACCACCUCGACACGCGUGUUUUACAUCAGCGUGGGGGUCUGCUGUGCAGUCAUAUUUCUUGUAGCAAUAAUAUUAGCUGUUUUGCACCUUCAUAGUAUGAAAAGGAUUGAACUGGAUGACAGCAUCAGUGCCAGCAGUAGUUCCCAGGGACUGUCCCAGCCCUCCACCCAGACGACCCAGUAUCUGCGAGCUGACACGCCCAACAAUGCAACUCCCAUCACCAGUUAUCCUACUCUGCGCAUCGAGAAGAACGACCUGAAAAGUGUCACUCUUCUGGAGGCCAAGGCCAAGGUGAAGGACAUUGCAAUAUCCCGGGAGCGAGUAACCCUGAAAGAUGUUCUCCAAGAAGGUACUUUUGGACGUAUUUUCCAUGGAAUUUUAAUAGAUGAAAAAGAUCCAAAUAAAGAAAAACAAGCAUUUGUGAAAACAGUCAAAGAUCAAGCAUCUGAAGUUCAGGUGACGAUGAUGCUCACCGAAAGUUGUAAGCUACGAGGUCUUCAUCACAGAAAUCUCCUUCCUAUUACACAUGUGUGUAUAGAAGAAGGAGAAAAGCCGAUGGUGGUGUUGCCUUACAUGAACUGGGGGAACCUGAAACUCUUCUUACGGCAGUGCAAGUUAGUAGAGGCCAAUAAUCCUCAGGCCAUUUCUCAACAAGACCUGGUGCACAUGGCCAUUCAGAUUGCCUGUGGGAUGAGCUAUCUGGCCCGAAGGGAAGUCAUCCACAAAGACCUGGCCGCCAGGAACUGUGUCAUUGAUGAUACACUCCAAGUGAAGAUCACAGAUAAUGCCCUCUCCAGAGACUUGUUCCCCAUGGACUAUCACUGCCUGGGGGACAAUGAGAACAGGCCAGUGCGGUGGAUGGCUCUGGAAAGUCUAGUUAAUAACGAGUUUUCCAGCGCUAGCGAUGUGUGGGCCUUCGGAGUGACGCUUUGGGAGCUCAUGACCCUGGGCCAGACGCCGUACGUGGACAUUGACCCCUUUGAGAUGGCUGCGUAUCUGAAAGACGGUUACCGAAUAGCUCAGCCCAUCAACUGCCCGGAUGAACUUUUCGCUGUGAUGGCCUGUUGCUGGGCCUUAGACCCGGAGGAGAGGCCCAAGUUCCAGCAGCUGGUCCAGUGUCUCACGGAGUUCCACGCAGCCCUGGGGGCCUACGUCUGA